CUAGACAAGUUUUUAAAGUUGUCGUUGAAGGCCUUGAAUGAUAAUUUUUUAAUUUCCUCAAAAAAACAGUGAAAACUUUUGAAAAAUCCGGAAUUUUUCAGACAAAAUAAACAUGAAUUAGAUCUAUUUUCGAUUUCAGAUCAUAUGACGUCAAUAUUAAUCGUUUGUGUUUAAGCCUGAUAAAUGCGCUAUAUAAAUUACAAUAAAGUAUUAAACAUGAAGCCUUAUAUCGUUAGAAAAUAGGACAAAUACCUGGAAAUUCUGCUAGAAUAUCUCCGCAAAAUGUCCGCGAAACACCCGCCAACAACUCUCGCGAGAUUUGCAAGUGCACGAGAUUUGCGAAUUUUAAAAAGCUUUUGGAAGUUUUCUACAGUAUUCAGUUCUGCUGAAUCAUGGGAUCAACUGAGAACAUUCCACUCAUUAAAGAUAUUCAAGACAGUGUACUGAAACUAUGUCUGGAGCGACUUAAAAGUGACCGAACAAUUGAAAUUGAUGGAAUAAUAUGUAUAUCACAUGGAAAACAAGAGAACAACAUUGUAGUAAAGAUGCAUCGGACAAUAUUAAAACCAAAACAGUUUCUUGAUGGUUCACGAGAAAUGAAGACAUCAUCCCGUCUGAGGCGAUCGAUUGAAGCUGCAAGGGAUGUAUUGAGACAAUCAACUCGACGUAAAUCACAGAGGAAGAAAAUUAAUUUCCCAUUGAAUGCCUCCAGUGGUGAUGUCACAGUGGAAGUACAGUGCAAUAGUGGAGAUGACAAUACAUGGACUCGUAACAAGCGUCAAAAUGAGGAAUCCAUUGAGCAUCUUUCACCAAAGUCUCAGAGACGUGAACCUAAAACUCAACAAAUGCAAGAUAUAGAAACCAGUCAAGCAAGCCAAGAUAGUACAAGUGCCAUGGAUGAUCCAGGUUUUCCUGAGAGUUGUGUCCUUGGGGGCAUCAUGGCUAAACAAGCCUCCACAUUGGACAUCAUGAACAGAGUAAAGUUAUCAACUGGUACACCUGGAGCUACAAACAGUUCAGCUGUGCCUGAAAUACCAGGGCAUAACUCAAAAGUUUUGGAGAGUUCAUCUAUGGGAACAUUAUCUACUGUGAAUGGUCUUGAAUCACAGAAUAUAUCACAGCAUAAUGUUAGUGUUUAUUCAGGCACGCUCAAUACAGACCAGCCAAACAUAAGCCCAAAAUCAAAACCAUCAAAAAUUGCAAAAUCUAAGCAAAGGAGAUUCUCUAAAGCUCAAACUAAGCCAGAGGAAACUAUAGAUACAAAGAAUGGUGUGAGGAUUACCGGUGUUGCAAAGCCUAUUGGUGUGACCCCGGGAGAAACUGAUGUGGCCCAGGAGUACUCCUCCAGUUCGCAGAGACUGGCGCAAUCUCUUUCUGAAUCUGUGAGUGUUUCAAAAUUAGAAGGGAUAAAGAUAUAUAAAUAUAAACGAUCCCCUAAUGAUAGUUUCAAAUCCAGACAACGCCAUCAUGUGAGACGUGGUAGCUCGUGUCGCACAAAUCUUCAAAAUAGUUUUUCCAAAGCUGAUCAAAAUUAUCGUCAAAUUGAAGUUUCAGAGAAAAAAUCCUGUAUAUCACGUGGAAAAAGCCUCAGAUCUCAAAACAGAGGAGUUAGGUUUGAAAGCUCAGAAAGAUCUCCGUCAAAACAUAAUCCCACAAAAACUCAAAAUAUGACUCAUCCCAUCCCCCGAAUAGGGGACUCAAAAUGUGACAUGACAUACCCCAUGCCAAAAACAACUAUAGUGUCAAAUGAUAAUUAUAUUAACAUUCAACGUAAGCGCAGGAUAAGUGGACGUAAAUCAUCACGUGCAAGAAAACUAUCUAACCAGAAGACGAUAGAAUCCGAUGAAUCUAUGGACAUGAAUGACAAACCCCAAAACAGAAGUGUUAUUGAUGCUCCAGUCAAACAAAAGCUUAUAAUGUUGAAUGGGGGUAAAAGCCUGGAUAGAAAGGCAUGGACGAGUGAUUCUGAUAAUUGUGACUACAUGUCUAUGGAGAAAAUGGAUAGCAUUUUAAAUAAUACCAAGACUGUAGAAGUGAAGGACAAGAGCCACCUUAAGGACUCUACUACGGAUACACAAAAACAAACCAAACCUGAUCUUUUUAAUCUUGAUAGGUCAUUUUUAGUUGAUCAAUCUAGGGAUCUCUCACACAAUUGGGUUAAAGAAGAACGCAGGACACGAGUAGACUCAGGGCAGUUUCCGAUCAAAUCAAAUCGUCGAUCAUUUGAAAAUCUUAUCAUUUCAAGACAAGAUAAAAAACGCAAAUCAGCGAACUCUAUUCUAAUACAGAGCUCAAAAUCAACCAAUAGUGACUACCGACCUGAGAUAAGUCGAAGACAUCCAUGUAAAAUGUGUGGAAAGGUUUUGAACAGUGUGGGACAAUUGUGGAACCACCAAAAAGUUCAUGAGGUUUUAAAGUGUCCUCAGUGUCGUGAAGAAUUCCAAGAUCGAAAUUGUUUUAUGACGCAUUUUACUGAGGUUCAUAAUGUUGAUGCAGCUGCAGAUUCUUUGAUAAAAGAUGUCAGCACUACAAGUGGACAUUCAUGAUGGAUAUGCAACCUUGAAUAAAGUGCUUAGUCAGCAUCUUCUUAGGAACUGCCCCCCCCCUUCAGUACAAUAAUUGUAAGCAUGCAAUUCUUUUAUAUGGCAAAUACCAUAAGUAUAUGAGUACUGAUUACAGAUAUUUAGUAUUUUAUGAAGUCUCUAGUCUAACAGAC